CCGGAUACCGCGGGCGUUACCGCUGAGCAAACAACGCGAUCAUCAUGGUGGAGGUCGUGGUGCUGGAGGGAUAUCUGCACAAGCAGAGCAAGCACUUGAAGCUGUGGAAGAUUCGGUACUUUGUGCUGGCCGAGCGCGCGCUCUCGUACAGCAAAAAGUCUGGAAAGAUGGCCAAGAACACGUACAGCCUCAAGGAUCUCGACGUGAUUCCCGACCAAAACUACGUCGUGCACGACCACAACUUUGUGUUUGAUGUCAAGUACGGAGACGGCGAGCACAUGUACUUGAGCGCACCGACCGAGGCGGAGCGGCUCAAGUGGACGCAAGCGAUCAAGGCCACGCAAGGCAAACUGCUCCAUACAGACGAUGGAGACGGUGAAAAGCAGCUGACCGACGGAAGGUCGUCGGCCGCGUCGUCGACUGGCGUUCUAGGGGGCGUGUUUCAGCCACCGGCCGCGACGUCGAGAUUCCAGACGACGACGUCCCGAUACAAGCGCGUUGCCACCAAGGAACGCAAAGACGAACGCAAGCGAGCGCGGAUGCCAAAGAUGAAAAAGCCAUUUGGGGCCAUUUGGCUUGACGACGUCCUUCCCCAUUGGGGCGACCAAGCCGCGCUGGUGCCGCCGCACCUUGUCGAGGCGUUGUGUUUUGCCGGAAUCCCCAAGGAAAUACGUGGACGAGCAUGGUCUGCCAUGCUGGGCAAUCGUCUUCAAAUCAACGAACAGCUCUUCGACAUUUGCCGAGCCAGAGCCAAGGCCGUAUUGCUCGAGAUGGACCUGGUCAAAGAAGCGGACGAAAAGAGCAGACAGUUGGUGCGGCUCGAACACAAGCUAGCGCCACACCAACACGUGUUGGAGCCACAACCGCAACUGCACAACGAACGCGACCAUGCUCAUGACGACGACGCGCCGCCACUGCUCCAACUCCCCGCCCAUCUCAGCAUCGCUGGGCCGCCAUCUCGGGACAGUUCUACGGCGCUCGAUGCCCAAGCCCUCGCCGACAAACUCAUUGCCGACAACGAGCGAAACAUCAAGCUCGUCCAGCGCGACAUGCCACGGACGUUUGGCAACCAUCCGCUGUUCCAGGAUGGCGCGGCGGGAGCGCAGAAAACGUACGAAGUGCUGGAGGCGUACACGUGCUACCGCCCCGACCUCGGGUAUGUUCAAGGCAUGAGCUACCUGGCCGCGAUCCUGUGCCUGCACCUGGACAGCUUUGGAGCGUUCCGAGCCAUGGUGUCGCUGAUGAGCACGCGGCUUCUGUUCGACAUGUAUCGGCUCGAAGAAGAGCGCACGCUGCUGUACCUGUCCGUGUACGACUCGGUGCUCCGACACGAACUGCCUGUGCUGCACGCGCACUUUCAAGAGAUCGGGAUCGACCCACGCAUGUACAUGGUCGAUUGGGCGUUUACACUCUUCACACGGUGUGUGCCGCUCGAAGUUGUCCUGCGCAUUUGGGACUGCUACAUGUACCUCGGCACGCCCUUCUUCUUUCAAGCAUGCAUGGGUACGCGUCCUAUAUUGGCACACGUCCCAAAUGAAUCUCGCGGGCCCUCCCGACGGUCUGUCUAGCCAUCUUGAUCAUGUACGAAAACACAUUGGUGACGCUGGACCUCGGCGACGCCAUGAAAUUCCUCCACAACGUUCCCAAGUCGUGUUCGCCGCACGAAUUCUUCCAAGCCUUGGACGCCGUCAACCUGUCUCGGCCAGCCAUCAACGCGCUUCUCGCAGGCGGCGACCUUCGUCCGUGGUCUCCCGUCGGCAAACGGUCCAUCCAAGUCGAGUAUCCCGAAGCAUACGAAUAUUAGCUCUAGCAUUCAAGAAGGUAGAUCAAACGAAAGAAAACGCCGCCCCUCCCCCUG